UUAUAUCUGUAUGUAUGUGUAUAUAUAUAUAUACAGAUUUUUUUUAUUAUUAUUAUGAAAGUGUGCAAUGAUUCAAGAUGUGGAUGUUUCAAUUAGAGCAAGUCAACCAAACAACAACAAAAAAUUAAAAGACAAUAAUGUAAUGAAACUGCUUCUGUAGGGCCUGGGCAACUUGCUUUCUCAAACAUCCAUGUGAAACCAUAAAGUCAUUCUACUACACAUUAGAAAUAUACAUUGCGUGACGUGAAACCUACUGGAAAACCAUUGGAGUUGGGUUCAAUUUUUGCGUAUUGCAGAGGUCUUUAUUUUCAUUUGUGGAUAGGAGGAUGGAUAGAAAUUCUAUCUGAAUAACUUGGUAUAAAUAAAGAGCAAUUAGCAGCCGAAAGAAUAUUCGAGGUUAUAGGUUUCCAAAUUUGAUUGGAAGCAACAUUCUAUUCGAGUUGGGCGACCUGAAGGGGAUUCUGCAAUUAGCCAUGGCCUGCGAUUCCGAUUGCACGGAGCUUUGCUUUUGGCCUUCAUGGUGAUUAAAUUAGGGAGGUUGAAAAAGUAGAGUGCGAUCAAAACGGGGUUCCGCUCCGAGCACUUGUAGACCUGUCUGUGGUAUCAAAUACACCUACUGCUGCUAUAAUAGAAGUGAUAGUUAAGAUUCCUGGCCCACUUCUAACCACACCACUAUUAGAUCACAAUGCUAAUUGUUUUACGUGCAUUCUGAAUUUCAUUUACUGUAACGAAUAACAUGUCAAAACUUUCUUUUUCUACUACUUCAUCUUCUUCUUUUUUUUGGUAACAAAAUUUCUGAGACAUAAUCCCAUUCUUAAUGUUUAACUUGAGGGUCAACCUCAUGGCGUCUGGGUUGGAGAAUUAAACUUUUCAAAUCAAACUUUGUUUUCUUGUUUCUUUUUUUGGUCUGCUGAGUUUCUAGUGAAAGCAUUAAGCACAGAGAACAUGAAGUGCAGCAAGUUACCAGAGACGGUGACGGAGAGGAGGAGGAGGAUGACACGGGAGGCUUGCAUGUGUGAGAGCGGUCAUGCGUAAUGCAUGUGAGAAGAACAAUGUGGCGAGCCCAAGCCAGACUCUAGUGAGCAGGCUGAAUGACCUCCUCGGCUCUCAAGCUCGCGAUGUGCACUUGUCUCCGACGCUGUGCCAAGUAGUGCCGAUGUAUUUUUCACCGAAACCGAAAGGGAUCUUAACAUGGCUUGCAGGAGACGAGCCGUCCAAUGCUCCGGCGCUCCACGAGCCCAUGCCUAGAGUGCAUCUGCCUCCCCAGUUAUGCACCGAGAUGAAACCUGGAGGUACAAAGAUGACCAAGCUCAAGAAUGGCGUUCGCAUUGCGUCGGAGAAUUCUCAUAGUCCUAUAUCAACUGUUGGUGUUUAUAUCGACAGUGGGUCGGUUCACGAGUCACCCAACGUUGCUGGUGUCUCGCACCUGCUGGAACGGAUGGCGUUCAAGAGCACCAGCAACCGAUCACAUUUUCGUCUGGUUCGUGAUGUGGAAGCCAUUGGCGGGCACGUCAUGGCGAAUGCGUCGCGGGAGCAGAUGUCUUGCACUGCCGACUCCAUCAAGACGUACAUGCCCCACAUGGUAGAGCUGCUGGUGGACUGCGUCCGGAACUCCAUGUGCUAUAAUUCAGAGGUGCAUGACCAGCUCGUCCGUGUCAAAGCUGAGACUGGUGAGAUUGUGAACAAUCCUCAGAGAAUAUUGUUAGAGGCAUUACACUCAGCUGGUUAUGCUGGUGCGCUGGGACAACCGCUCCUCGCACCCGAAGCAUCACUCCACAAGUUGAACGAAGAAGUCCUGUGUAACUUCGUGUCGCAAAACUACACUGCUGGAAGGAUUGCUUUGGCGGCAUCAGGAUGUGAUCACGACGAAUUGCUCCAAAUCGCCGAGCCACUUCUGUCUGAUAUGUGUGGAAGCGGACCCCCAACACCUCCAGCAACGGAGUACGUAGGGGGAGAUUGGCGACAAGCAGCAGAAUCGCCGAAGACUAACAUCGCACUGGCAUUCGAAAUUCCAGGUGGGUGGAGGAACGAGAAGGAUUCGUUCGCGGUGACGGUCUUGCAAACUCUGCUGGGCGGGGGAGGCUCCUUUUCCGCCGGAGGCCCUGGCAAAGGCAUGUACUCACGCCUGUACUCCCAAGUGUUGAACAAGUACGAGCAAGUGCAGUCCUUCACGGCUUUCAACUGCAUAUACAACCAGCCUGGCAUUUUCUGUAUACACGCCACCUCCGGGUCAGAGUUUGUGCCACACCUUGUCGAUCUAGCGACAAAAGAGUUCAUUGCAGUAGCGACGCCUGGCGAGGUGACGGAGGCUGAGAUUCAGCGUGCAAAGAACAUGACAAUUUCUGCAGUGCUCAUGAACUUGGAGUCAAGCGUGGUGGUUACCGAGGACAUCGGUCGACAAAUCCUCACCUACGGCAACCGCAAGCCCGUGGCUGAAUUCAUACACGGUGUGCAGUCGUUGACGCUAGCAGAUCUCUCCAGAGUCGCACAGAAGAUUAUCUUCACUCCACUUACAAUGGCUUCCUGGGGUGAUGUUACGCAAGUUCCUAGAUAUGAUCAAGUUGCCAAUCGGUUUUCGUGAAGUACAACCUGCAAGAAACCUCAAAAACUGCUCGGUUGUUUCUGUUGGAGGGUAUUGGAUCCCUGUAUCAGAAAGACAAUGUGCUUUACCGUCAGUUUAUGAGACAGUUGAAGAAGUGGUGCAUUGCCACAAGCUUGUGUGAAAGUUACUGGAUACAAUCAAGGAAUCAUCCUGAACUGUAGAGUUCAUCUGGUUGAGUAUUCAAUCUUAGACAAAACCCAGAUGAGAAUUUAUGGAGGGUUGGGAAUGUGCGGAAAUCAUCAAGGGAUAGUGCAUAGAAAUUCACCGAAUGCACUGUAGCUAGACAUGUUUUAUAUUUGUUUUUGUUUUUUUUAUUUUACUUUUGUCGUUUAUUUGUUGAAAUGGACCCUUACAACUUCAUAGUUUUUUGUUGAAUCAACAGAAAGAGAGUUUUGGUUUUCAAUGAGGA